GAGAGAGACAGAGAGAGAGACAGAGAGAGACAGAGAGAAAGAAGGAGAGAGAGACAGAGAUCCGUGAAGGAGACAUGAAUCGUGUUGAGAUUCAGCUCAAAAGGGAAAUUCUUGUCGACAACAAUGGAGAGCCAUGGUGGGUAACUGCCAUCACUGGUAGCCGCACUACCAGACAUCUGGGUCCCAUCAUCAUCACCCCCACCUCCUCCUCUUCUUCACACUCAUUCCGUCUUCCUCCUCAAACAACCCGUCCAUUUAUUUCUCUAUUCCCCCUGUUUUCCUCUAUCUUCAUUCUCUCUCCAUGGAACCACCCCUAGGUUUACUGAGUAGCAGCGCCAUUGGCUCUUCCGGUGCCUCCAAUGAUGAGAAUUCCGUUUCCAAGGCGAAGGAGGUGGAUAAACACCAACCGGAUUUGUCAUCGGAGGAGUUUUCUUCCCCUGUUGAGGCUGAGCUCGAAUUAGGGUUAGGGCUCAGCCUCGGAAGUGGGAUUUCUACUGGAAAGGGUAAACAUAGUGGUUGGGGUGACCGUGGCAGGAUAUUGACGGCGAAAGAUUUUCCCUCGGCGAUCUCUCCUGGUGGAUCGUCUUCUUCUUCUUCUGCUAGAUUCUCAGGCAGAGCUGCUGCUGUUUCUGGUGUUAAGAGGGCGGCGGAACCUGUUUCUCACCAUGGCGAUUCUCCGCCUCCGGCUGUCAGUCAGGUGGUGGGAUGGCCGCCAUUAAGAGCUUACAGAAUCAACAGCCUGGUUAACCAAGCUAAAAAUCGAAAGUCUGGAGAUGAAAAGGAGCUGCUUAGGUCCAAUGGUGUUGCAGAGAAGAUCCAUGAUGGCAAAAAUAUGAGUGCCACUGAUACUGAAAAGGGGCCUCUAGGCUUUGUGAAGGUGUAUAUGGACGGAGUUCUAAUAGGCAGGAAAGUGGAUUUGAAUGCCCAUUCUUGCUAUGGGACUUUGGCCCUGAUUCUCGAGGACAUGUUUUUUAAGCCCGCAGGAAGUGCCCCAUCCUCUGGCUCGAGUGGAGAUUACGACGAACAAGCACCAAAACCUUCAAAACUUCUCACUGGCUCCUCUGAGUUUGUGCUCACCUACGAAGAUAAAGAAGGAGACUGGCUGUUGGUUGGAGAUGUUCCUUGGAAGAUGUUCCUCGGCUCAGUUAAGAAACUUCGAAUCAUGAGGACAUCUGAGGCAAAGGGACUCGAGGUUCAAGAUGUCAAAGGAAGAAGUGAGAGAAAUGGAAUGAAGCCCAUUUAGAACCAUUGUGAAGUGAAGUUGGUGAACAUGAGUAGAGCUAGAAAAGAGAGUGGUUUUGUUGAUGAUCAUAUUCUUUUUGCUUGUUGUCUUGUUUGAUUCUCAUUUAUGGUUCUUGCAUUUUUUGAAUGGUUCUUCUCUAAACCAUUAACAGCCCCCCACCCCAUAGAAAGAAAGAAAGAAAGAAAGAAAGAAAUCAUCUUAUACAAUGCUACCUACAGGCUUAUGAACUCGGCGACCAUUUACGACUCUCUUCGCUUAAAUCGACUAAAGUUGUUUUCUUCGCAAAGGGAAAGCUGGUAUUCGCUGCAUUGGUCGACUGUCUUUUACGAGUGCAUUUCUUAUGUUUGUGAAUCGAGUCCGAAUGUAUCUUUCUAUUUGGAUUAUUAACAUGUUAAAGAAGGUGAAGAUGGUUUCAUCUUUUUCUUGGUGUUUGUCCUCUGUUUCAAACUUCAUUUUGGAGUAAUGCUAAUAUGUUCUCUUAUACUCUUAAA